AUGCCACGCUCCUUUUUGGUGAAGCAGCCGAAGGUUCACGAUUUCUCAUCUUCCAACUACUACCACCAACACCAGCACCACUGGGACAACUCUUACACUGUGACACAUGCCAUCACUGAGUCAGCCACCAACUUGGCGGUGCGAUUGAGUGAAAAUGGCUACAUCCAUGAUUACAUCAUCCCCUCAGUGUUGCAGAGCACAAAGGAGUCAGGUUGUGAGCAGACCGGGCUCUCCACAGGGCCCCUGUUCUCCCCAGGUGGCAGCAGUGGGGAAGAGUUCUCCGACCAUGACAUGGAGCAUCCGGACAGCCCCAUCUCCACCGCCACAGUGGAGUCGGACAGUAGCGGCCCUGAGUUGGAAACGUGCACCAUCAAUGACUUCCUCAUCUCUGACGGACGCUCCCGCCGGAGACCCAACCAGCGAUGUCCGCGCAAAGGAGGCAGCCAAUCAAACAGCAGCAAGGGCAUCAGCUCGGCAGACUGCAGCCCUGCCAAAGGGAAAACCAAAGGGCGCUACAUGUGCUGUGACUGUGGGAAGUCCUACGCCACGUCCUCCAAUCUGAGCAGACACAAGCAGACUCACCGCAGUCUGGACAGCCAGCAAGCCAGGAAGUGUCCCACCUGCCACAAGGUGUACGUGUCCAUGCCGGCGCUGGCCAUGCACAUGCUGACCCAUGACCUGAAGCACGAGUGCACGGUGUGCGGCAAAGCCUUCAGUCGGCCCUGGCUCCUGCAGGGCCACAUGAGGUCCCACACCGGAGAGAAACCAUUCGCCUGUGCCCACUGUGGCAAGGCCUUCGCCGAUCGCUCCAACCUGCGCGCCCACAUGCAGACGCACUCAGCCUUCAAGCACUACUCCUGCAAACGCUGCCACAAAAGUUUUGCACUCAAGUCUUACCUGAACAAGCACUACGAGUCAGCCUGCUUCAAGGGACACCAAGCAGAGGACGACUGCAGCUCUGAGGACUGA